CACGAAACACUGAUCCUGACAGCUGAGCGGUAGUUACGUCUUACGUAUCGGUAUCCCCGUCAAUGACAAACCAAAACCCCGAGAUGAGUUCUUGCCAAGCCUAAUGCUUGACACCAUCUCGCAUGCGGAAGCCGGAGGAGGCCGAACAGAUGACCGGGUUGACUUGAUAUAACUUACAUUGCAUAGCUAACCCUUCAAAACCGAUAUGAGGGGACGAACUUGGUGUGGUGGUUUGGUUCCUUUUGUGGCCCUUGGUUCGCGAGGAAGGGGCGGCUGGCCAGGCCCUACCUACUUAGCCCGCAGUCAUUCAACUUCCCCGAUUAUCCUCCAUCCAUUUGCGGUUGGGAGGGAGAAGGGAAGGGGGCCCGCAAUUGCCCAAUUGGCAUGUGCCGGUACAACGUCUCUCCAAGGCUCUAAUGACCACACUGUUUCUUGACAUGAGUGGAUGGUGGGGAGAGUGAGCGGAGACUGUGGGUAAGAGACUUUUUCCCAAGACUUCACCAGAGAACAAGGUCACUUGGUGGGCAUGGGCAGGGGUGGAAGGGAGAUGGA